CGAGGCUGCAGUGAGCUCUGAUUGCACCACUGCAUUCCAGCCUGAGGGACAAAGGGGCCCUUUCUCAAAAACAACCACAAACCAAACAUAAAGGACCCACAAAAGUUCUCUAGGGACACAGUCAAAAACUGGUCUGAAAUAAAUAUCCUUCCAGUGUUCAGUUUUACUGAACACAUCUCAUGGCUUUGGGAUGAACUGAAAAGAAUUCCUCACCGGGCAUGGUGGUUCACGCCUGUAAUCCCUUCACUUUGGGAAGCCAAGGAGUAUCGCCUGAGCCCAGGAGUUUGAGACUAGCCUGUGCAACAUAGUGAGACCCCCCCCGCACCGCCAUCUCUACCAGAAAAAAAAAAAAAAAAAGGAACUCCUUCUCUCAGACUAAGGCUGUGGGGUCCAAACUUCCCACUAGAGCAAAGUGUGGCGGGGGAGGGAAGGGAUGGGUGAUGCCCUAAACCCUGUCAGUUGUCAAAGAUUAAAACGUAGUCAGACUCUUUGUUAGGUAUGAUGAGGUCACUCUAAGUGUCUGUAUUUGUAAACAAGAGUUAGAAACCCAUGAAUGACCUCGAAGCCUUAUGCUAAGCCUGGGAGCAUCUGACCCUCCCGCUCCAGUCUGGCAUGGCUCGGGCGCCCUUUUUGCUGUGGACAAAGAGCCUCUCUUUAAACUGAGCCUGGAAUUUUCUGCGCUGUGCACGCUUGUGUCUCCGCGCUCAGAAGGAGCUGCAGGCAGACACCAGCGCCCGACCCCGGGUACGUUAACAAAUUCUGCUUAGAUGCAAAUAUCCGUGGCAGGGGAACAGAUUCCUGACCCCAGACGAAUGCAGGUUGCUUAGAGACGCGACUUCCCGACCAGCUGUCACUCAGGCAAGAAAGGCAGGUCCAAGAGUGCAACGUCCAAUCAGGGGCGCCGCAGGGAAGGCGGGCGGAGGGGACGCUGCGCAAACGGCGAGGACGUCUCUACGAGCCGCUGCGCUCCGCUAUGGGGUCUCCUCACCCCAAAAGGGCCUCUCGGGUGGUGGUGGGAGCUGUGCUGGCCGCGGGAGAAGUAGACAGGACACCAGGACAUCCCAGAGUCUGGGAAAUGGACUCAGUGGUCUUUGAGGAUGUGGCUGUGAACUUCACCCAGGAGGAGUGGGCUUUGCUGGGUCCCUCUCAGAAGAAACUCUACAGAGAUGUGAUGCAAGAAACCUUUGUUAACUUGGCCUCUAUAGGGGAAAACUGGGAGGAGAAGAACACUGAAGACCACAAAAAUCAGGGGAGAAAGCUAAGAAGUCAUAUGGUAGAGAGGCUCUGUGAAAGGAAAGAAGGUAGUCAGUUUGGAGAAACCAUCAGUCAGACUCCAAAUCCUAAACCAAACAAGAAAACUUUUACUAGGGUAAAACCAUAUGAAUGUAGUGUGUGUGGAAAGGACUAUAUGUGUCAUUCAUCUCUUAAUAGGCACAUGAGAUCUCAUACUGAACAUAGAUCAUAUGAGUAUCACAAAUAUGGAGAGAAGUCAUAUGAAUGUAAGGAAUGUGGGAAAAGAUUCAGCUUUCGAAGUUCAUUUCGAAUCCAUGAAAGAACUCACACUGGAGAGAAACCCUACAAAUGUAAGCAGUGUGGUAAGGCUUUCAGUUGGCCCAGUUCCUUUCAAAUACAUGAAAGAACUCAUACUGGAGAGAAACCUUAUGAAUGUAAGGAAUGUGGGAAGGCCUUCAUUUAUCACACAACCUUUCGAGGACACAUGAGAAUGCACACAGGAGAGAAACCCUAUAAAUGUAAAGAAUGUGGGAAAACAUUCAGUCAUCCCAGCUCUUUUCGAAAUCAUGAAAGAACUCACUCUGGAGAGAAACCCUAUGAAUGUAAACAAUGUGGAAAAGCCUUCAGAUAUUACCAAACUUUUCAAAUACAUGAAAGGACUCACACUGGGGAAAAACCCUAUCAGUGUAAGCAAUGUGGUAAAGCUCUUAGUUGUCCCACAUCCUUUCGAAGUCAUGAAAGGAUUCACACUGGAGAAAAACCCUAUAAAUGUAAAAAAUGUGGCAAAGCCUUCAGCUUUCCUAGUUCCUUUAGAAAACAUGAAAGGAUUCAUACAGGAGAGAAACCCUAUGAUUGUAAGGAAUGUGGGAAAGCAUUCAUUUCUCUUCCAAGCUAUCGAAGACAUAUGAUAAUGCACACUGGAAAUGGACCUUAUAAAUGCAAGGAAUGUGGGAAAGCCUUUGAUUGUCCUAGUUCUUUUCAAAUCCAUGAACGAACUCACACUGGAGAGAAACCCUUUGAAUGUAAACAGUGUGGUAAAGCCUUCAGUUGUUCCAGUUCGUUUCGAAUGCAUGAAAGAACUCACACUGGAGAGAAACCCCAUGAAUGUAAACAGUGUGGUAAAGCCUUCAGUUGUUCCAGUUCUGUUCGAAUACAUGAAAGGACUCACACUGGAGAGAAACCCUAUGAAUGUAAACAGUGUGGAAAAGCCUUCAGUUGUUCCAGUUCCUUUCGAAUGCAUGAAAGAAUUCACACUGGAGAGAAACCCUAUGAAUGUAAACAGUGUGGUAAAGCCUUUAGUUUUUCUAGUUCCUUUCGGAUGCAUGAAAGGACUCACACUGGAGAGAAACCCUAUGAAUGUAAACAGUGUGGUAAAGCCUUCAGUUGUUCCAGUUCCUUUCGAAUGCAUGAAAGGACUCACACUGGAGAGAAACCUUAUGAGUGUAAACAGUGUGGUAAGGCGUUUAGUUGUUCCAGUUCCAUUCGAAUACAUGAAAGGACUCACACUGGAGAGAAACCUUAUGAGUGUAAACAAUGUGGUAAGGCCUUCAGUUGUUCUAGUUCUGUUCGAAUGCAUGAAAGGACUCACACUGGAGAGAAACCCUAUGAAUGUAAACAAUGUGAUAAAGCCUUCAGUUGCUCACGUUCCUUUCGAAUCCAUGAACGAACUCACACUGGAGAGAAACCCUAUGCGUGUCAACAAUGUGGUAAAGCCUUCAAGUGUUCCCGUUCCUUUCGAAUACAUGAAAGAGUUCAUAGCGGAGAGUAACCCUAUGUAUGUAAGCAAUAUGGCAAAGUUUUCAGUUGUCCUAUUCCAUUUUUUUUUCCUUUUUUUUUGAGAUGAAGUCUCACUCUGUCACCCCGGCUGGAGUACAGUAGUGCGAUUACAGCUCACUGCAACCUCUGUCUCCUGGGUUCAAGUGAUUCUCCUGCCUCAGCUUCCUGGGUAGCUGGAACUACAGGUGUGAACCACCAUGCCCACCUACUUUUUGUGUUUUUAGUAGAGAUGGGGUUUCACCACGUUGGCCAGGCUGGUCUCGAACUCCUGACCUCAGACGAUCUGCCUGCCUUGGCCUCCCAAAGUGUUGGAUUACAGGUGUGAGCCACUGCAUCCGGCCCCCAUUUCCUUUUGAAGACAUGAAAUUAUUCAUAUUUCAGAGAAACCCUAUGACUAUAAGACAUGGGGAUACCUUCAAUGCUUUACAUGCCCUGGACAGGAAACCCUGCGAAUGUAGGCAAUGUGGGAAAACCUUCAAUGGUCAUGUGACCUUUUAAAGACCAUGAGAAGGCAUAUGAAGUGUAAAGAAUUUUCAUAUGCCCUAUAAAUAUAAAGAAUUAAUAACCUUAAAAAUGUAAAGAAUGUGGAAAACUCUAUAAUUGUAAAGAAUGUGGAAAAACCUUUAUUUGUCUCAGUUUACUUGGAAGCCAUGAACAAACUCACACUGGAAAGCGACUUCUUGAAUAUAGACAUUGUGAGAAAGCCUUCAGUUGGCCUAUAUACUUAUAUGUGAGAAUGCAGACUGGAUAGAAAUCCUAUAAAAGUGAGAAAUAACAAUGUUUUCAAUUUUAACAAAUGCUCAUGUGAUACUCCCUUAUGUGUGAAAUUUCAAUCUCGUUGAAACUCCCACUAGGGAGGUGUUGUAUAAAUGUAGAUAAUAUGGGAAAGCCUGAUGCAAAUUAAUUCAUGUAUAUUGUUCUAGAAAAUUCACAACAUGACAGAAGUGUUAUAAAAUAUAGUGUCAGUUACUGAUUCUUAAAGUGGAUCUCUGAAUUAUGGAUUUCUAUUUCACAAAAGAACAUUGAGAUGAGAUAAUUCUGUAAGCUCUUAUACAGUUGUACACAAGUUGAAUUGAUAGUAUUUUUUCAUUAAAUCAGUUUCUGAAAUUUUGUCUUUCCAUAUUGAAGUCUGUUAGAUUCAUGAGUGAAUUGAAGUGUAUUUAUAAUAAGCUAGUAGUUUUGAUUUUUAUGUAUUUUUUAGUUGUGCUGUAACGGGCCAUCAAAAAAUCACAAUUUGGUAAUCUUUAGGAUUUCCUACUGGCCUUAUGUGGCAGGUACUAGAUAUCAUUAUAUGUAUUUCAUCUUUCUUUCUGACCAAAAGAAGCUUUUUUAGAGGAAGACAGAAUGCCCUUUUUUCUAUUUUUUUAUGCUAAAAAAUAAUCAUAAUAAAUUUUUGAGUCUGCAAAGUUUAUCAUGCAGUAUACUCUCUCAUUGGAAUUAUUAUUUUCAUUUUCUGUUCUUUGCUAUUUGUAAUUCUUUCUGGCUGUGAUUUGGAUAAUAGGCUUUGCAUUAAUAAGAGAGACCUGAGAUAGAACCAUAUAACCUAUAGCUGGAAAUGGCUGUCCUGGAUUGUGUUAACAUGGGUGAUGUUGUGACUUAUGUUUUCUGUAAUCUAUCCUUUUAUGGCUCCAUGGUAUAAUUGACCAAUAGCCUACUUGCAGGAGAUAUGGAAGGCAGAAGUAAAGAAAGCAUUAGUCAGGUUUUAUAGCCACCAUAUGUGGAGACAGAUGGAUGCAUAGGGGCUUCAGGGACACCUGCUUCCACCACAUUGUCCUGAUCCUUUGCUCUGCCAGCUGAGAGUAUUCUUAGAACCACCCCUAACUGCUUGACUGCCAUAUUUGCCUGCCUCCCUCCCUCCCUCCCUCCCUUCCUUCCUUCUUUCUUUCCCUUUCUUUUCUUUCUUUUUCUGAGAUGGAGUCUUGCUCUGUUGCCCAGGCUGAAGUGCAGUGGCAUGAUCUUGGCUCACUGCAACCUCUGCCUCCUGGGUUCAAGCAAUUGUCCUGCCCUAGCCUCCCAAGUAGCUGGGAUUGCAGGUGCCUGCCACCAAACCCAGCUAAAUUUUUUUGUAUUUUUAGUAGAGACAGGGUUUCAUCAUGUUGGCCAGGCUGGUCUCAAACUCCUGACUUCAUGAUCGGCCCACCUUGGCCUCCCAAAGUGCUAAGAUUACAGGUGUGAACCACUGUGCAUGGCCCCAGCUGCCAUAUUUUCAGAGAUGUAGUUUUCCACAGAUUGUCUUCGAAAGUUCUACUCAAAGAUGCACUGCAGUUUGGAUUUUCCUAGAAACUCUAAUGUGUCCACCUUUAGACUCUUAAGGAUGGCAAUAUUCUCUGAUGCUCUGACUUACCUCAUCUCUAGGUUGAAUUUAUCAAAGGUAUUAUUUAUGUAAUAAACACUAUGUUUUGUUAACAGUACAAGUGACUAUGUGUUUCUGAUUCCACCAUGACAACUACAGUGAUGCAGUCAAAAAGAACUACAUGGGUGUUUGUCCCUCCACUGCAUUGUGCAUUGAAUGCACUUACCCAGUCCUGCAGUGUAAGAAUAAGCACCUUCCGAAUAUCAAGCAGAUUGUCGGUGUUUCCUAUUACAGUUGAAUGUAAUCUCUCAGUACAUUUUCAAUUUUGUUUCAUUAUAUGUGAUUAAAAACUAUGUGUAUGUUUUUGUUGAACAAAACUUCUGUAGAUGUUUCUUAGAAAUAUUUUAUUAACUGUUUUCAAAUAACUUGUAUGCUAUCACUUGUUGUCUCUUGAAUUUUCUGCAAGGAUAUAUUAAAAUAUUCCAUUGCAAUUAUA